UGCGAGGGUUUACACUCAUACUUGCAGCCCUCUUCUGGCUUCAUCUUUCCGGAGCCGCCUCGGCGAAGCCAGCGAGCUCCCUCUCGAGUUGUGGCUGAUCGAUCCCAAAACUCUAGAAGGGAAGAAGAUUCUGAAGCCAAAUUCGUGAGCGGGGCAGUCAACGGAGUUGAUUUGUGUUUGAAUCGAUCCAAACGUCCCGAAGUCUCUCUCGACGAGGCUGAUGAUUGGUUAGAUCCAUGGCGGCGAACUUUGGGAGAGAUUGAGGAGAUAAUGGUCGGUUUUGGAGCGGCGCUACGUGGUUGCAUGGGCGAAGAAUGCCAGAACUUCGGAGCGGGGUGCGUCGUGGAGGUCGUGCUCCACCGCCACUCGUUGUAGAUCGCGAGGUUAGGAGACCAAGGACCCGUGCGACGGCAAAGAAGGCGUCGGACGGGGCUGGAUCGCCGGUAGCUUGGAGACCUGCAUCGGUUGGGAAGGCGAAACCAGCGGGGAGGGGGAGGCCAAGGGGCAGGCCUUCGAAGAAGCCAGCUGCUGUUGUUAGGUUGUUUGUGACAGAGGAGGAGGGAGAGGGAGAAGGUAAGGUCUCUGAUCAGGUAAAAGAGGUUGUAAUUGCUAAGGAGGUAGAGCAGCGGGGUGGGGUCGCUGCUGUAGAUCGCAGGAAUUUGGAACUUCUGCACGAGGUCCAGGGCAAGAUGCUGGGUGAUGAUAGCGGUGGGUUGAGCGCCAACAAGGCUGCGGGACAAGAAGAAGAAGGGAACACGGCUCCUUUCCCUGAAAAGGUCCAGGUAGGUGGAUCUCCAGUCUAUAAGAUUGAAAGGAGGUUGGGUAAAGGUGGAUUUGGCCAAGUUUUUCUUGGUCGCCGUGUUACUGGUGGUAAUGACCGUGCAAUGGGCCCUGGUGCACUAGAGGUUGCUCUAAAAUUUGAGCAUAGGAACAGCAAGGGUUGUACUUAUGGUCCGCCUUACGAGUGGCAGGUUUACAGUGCUCUUGGUGGAAGUCAUGGGGUUCCAAGGGUCCACUAUAAAGGAAGGCAGGGUGACUAUUACGUUAUGGUGAUGGAUAUGCUGGGCCCAAGUUUAUGGGAUGCAUGGAAUUCUGCUGGUCAAGCAAUGUCAUCUGAAAUGGUUGCCUGCAUUGCGGUAGAAUCUAUAUCUAUACUUGAGAAGGUGCAUGCUAAAGGAUAUGUCCAUGGAGAUGUAAAGCCUGAGAAUUUUUUGCUUGGGCAACCAUCGACACCACAAGAGAAGAGGUUAUUUCUUGUUGAUCUUGGACUGGCCACGAAAUGGAAGGAUGCUGCGACUGGCCAGCAUGUGGAAUAUGACCAACGCCCAGAUGUCUUCAGAGGUACUGUUCGAUAUGCAAGCGUGCAUGCGCAUUUGGGAAGAACCGCUAGUAGAAGAGAUGAUCUAGAAUCUCUUGCGUACACACUUAUUUUUCUUCAUCGAGGCAGGCUGCCAUGGCAGGGAUACCAGGGUGAGAACAAGUCUUUUUUGGUUUGCAAGAAAAAGAUGGCAACAUCUCCUGAGCUGCUUUGUUGUUUCUGUCCACCUCCGUUUAAGCUUUUUCUUGAAACUGUGGUAAACUUGAAGUACGAUGAGGAGCCCAAUUAUUCUAAGCUAAUAUCUCUGUUUGAUGAGUUAAUUGGACCUAAUCCGGCUAUUAGGCCAAUCAAUACAGAUGGAGCACUGAAGGUUGGACAGAAACGAGGCAGAUUAACUAUUGAUGAUGAAGAUGAUGCUCAAUUAAGAAAGAAGAUUCGAUUGGGAGUUCCAGCAACUCAGUGGAUUUCAGUCUAUAAUGCAAGACCACCAAUGAAGCAGAGGUACCACUAUAAUGUGGCGGAUACACGGUUGGCACAACAUGUGGAGAGAGGAAAUCUUGAUGGCCUCCUUAUUAGCUGUGUUGCAUCUUGCACGAAUCUAUGGGCUCUCAUUAUGGAUGCGGGAACUGGUUUUACAUCUCAAGUUUAUGAACUUGCCCCUUGUUUCCUUCAUAAGGAAUGGAUUAUGGAACAAUGGGAAAAGAACUACUAUAUUAGCUCAGUAGCAGGUGCAAAUAAUGGAAGUUCUAUAGUUGUGAUGUCUAAAGGUACACAGUAUACACAGCAGUCCUAUAAAGUAAGUGAAUUUUUUCCCUUCAAGUGGAUAAGCAAGAAGUGGAAAGAAGGAUUUCAUGUUACAUCAAUGGCAACAGCAGGGACCCGAUGGGGAGUUGUAAUGUCAAGAAAUGCCGGCUUCAGCGACCAGGUUGUUGAACUCGACUUCUUGUAUCCCAGCGAGGGCAUCCAUAGGCGUUGGGACAACGGUUAUCGUAUCACAUCGAUGGCAGCAACUUCGGAUCAGGCUGCUCUUAUUCUAAGUGUACCCAAGCGCAAGCUUGGUGAUGAAACUCAGGAGACCCUGAGGACCUCAACUUUUCCAAGCGCCCAUGUCAAGGACAAAUGGGCAAAGAAUCUGUAUCUCGCUUCUGUUUGUUAUGGCCGCACAGUAUCAUGAUGUGAAGGAAAGGAGAACCCGAAUUAUUGGGGAAGGGAAGCAGGCAUGAAUGUACAUGUGGAUGAUGCAUGAGCAUUUGAUGUAAGAGGAAGCUCUACGCUGCAGCUUGUUUUGCUCUUCAUUUAGGUUGCUUACCCAAGAUUUGUAUAUUUUAUAUCUAUUAUAUUAUUAAAAAUUAGCCCCAUCUGACUUCCGAAAUGGGCUCUGAACCCCCCCAGAUUUUCGUUGUAUAUUUCUUUUUUGUUGAAAUGAGUGGGUAUUUAUGACCGUUCUUAUUUAA